UACCGUUCUUAACCACGUGGUCGGCGGAAAUGGCGAGCAGUUUGAUCGUUAAAUCGAUAAUUCCCUUUUUCUAACUUUGCUGAAAUUUAAGCGGCGCAGUUUAUAUAAAUUAAAAGAUAAUAAUAAUAAUGCGCGCUAUUGUGCAACGAGUAACCGGAGCUGCCGUUAAAGUAAAUGGAGAAAUUAUAAGCUCAAUCGGAAAAGGGAUAUGCGUGCUCGUUGGUAUAACACGCGUCGAUACGAGAGAUGACCUGGAAUACAUGGUGAGAAAAUUGUUAAAUUUAAGGAUAUUUGAAGACGAUAAUGGAAAGCGUUGGAGCCACAGUGUAAAGGACAAGCAGUAUGAAAUCCUUUGUGUCAGUCAGUUUACUUUAUACUGCACGUUAAAAGGUAACAAACCUGAUUUCCAUCUAUCGAUGGCACCGGACAGAUCCCAGCCAUUUUAUGAAGAAUUUGUGGAACGGCUAAAGAAUUCUUAUAAACCUGAACUUGUCAAAGAUGGAAAAUUUGGGGCUUUCAUGAAUGUCGAACUAAAGAAUGAAGGACCCGUGACAAUACAGAUUGAAUCUCCAUCUAAUCAACCCAAGAAAUUGGAGUAUGUAGAGACGGCAUCGAACACCGAAAUAGAAGAAAAAUGAAUCUGUAAAAAUUUAGUGUAUACGACAAUGUAUUUAUUUCAGAACUCGUGUAAUGAAA